UUGGGUGACAUUCCUCCUCCUCGUCCCCCUCCUCCUUCAUUGUUCACUGUAAUGCUGAUCUGAUCGAGAUUUGGGAUCCAAUCUAGGGAUUGGACAUAGUAUCUAUCAAUGGCGGGAGCAGCCUCUGCUCUGUUCCUUCUCGACAUCAAAGGCCGCGUCCUCAUCUGGCGCGAUUACCGCGGUGACGUCUCCGCCCUCGACGCCGAACGCUUCUUCACCAAGCUCAUCGAGAAACAGGCUGAUGCAGAGUCUCAAGAUCCGGUUGUAUAUGAUAACGGUGUGACCUACAUGUUUAUACAGCACAGCAAUGUUUACCUCAUGAUAGCCGCCAGACAAAACUGCAAUGCUGCUAGCCUUCUUUUCUUCCUGCAUCGAUUAGUUGAUGUGUUUAAGCAUUAUUUUGAAGAAUUGGAAGAGGAAUCUCUUAGGGAUAACUUUGUUGUUGUGUAUGAACUACUUGAUGAGAUUAUGGACUUUGGCUAUCCUCAGUAUACUGAGGCAAAGAUUCUUAGUGAAUUUAUCAAGACAGAUGCUUAUAGAAUGGAAGUUACGCAGAGACCUCCCAUGGCUGUAACUAACGCUGUCUCUUGGCGCAGCGAAGGGCUAAACUACAAGAAAAAUGAGGUUUUCCUGGAUGUGGUGGAGAGUGUUAACAUACUUGUCAAUAGCAAUGGACAAAUAAUUAGGUCUGACGUUGUCGGGGCUCUGAAGAUGAGAACUUAUUUGAGUGGUAUGCCUGAGUGUAAACUUGGCUUAAAUGAUAGAAUAUUAUUAGAAGCACAAGGUAGAACAACUAAGGGAAAGGCGAUAGACUUGGAAGACAUCAAAUUUCAUCAGUGUGUGCGUUUGGCUCGAUUUGAAAACGAUCGAACAAUUUCCUUCAUACCACCUGAUGGAUCAUUUGAUUUGAUGACAUACAGGCUCAGUACACAGGUUAAGCCGUUAAUUUGGGUGGAAGCACAAGUUGAAAAGCAUUCAAAGAGUCGGAUUGAGAUUAUGGUAAAAGCUAGGAGUCAAUUUAAGGAACGUAGCACUGCCACAAAUGUUGAGAUUGAGUUGCCUGUGCCUGUUGAUGCAACUAAUCCAAAUGUUCGAACUUCAAUGGGAUCUGCAUCAUAUGCACCUGAAAAAGAUGCAUUAAUCUGGAAAAUAAGAUCCUUUCCUGGAGGCAAGGAGUAUAUGUUAAGAGCAGAGUUUCGGCUUCCCAGUAUAACAGAUGAGGAUGCAGCUCCCGAGAGAAAAGCUCCUAUACGUGUGAAAUUUGAGAUACCAUAUUUUACUGUUUCUGGAAUACAGGUAAGAUAUUUGAAGAUUAUCGAGAAAAGUGGGUAUCAGGCUCUUCCAUGGGUGAGAUACAUAACAAUGGCUGGAGAGUAUGAACUAAGGCUUAUUUAAGAUCUUAUAUCUUUCUUUGGUGCUUGAAAUCCACCAAAUAAUUGUGUCAUCUUCAAAGAUCAAAGACUUCAAACUGGUGGAUGAGGGAGGGACUCGUGAGAGAAAUUAGUUAGAAAUUAGCUGCCCAAUCAUAUCUCUCUUCAUUGUAGUUAUUUUGGCAGCAGAUGUAUGCUGCUAAUUGUCUAUAAAGUUCAUGUCAACUAUAAAUCAGGAAUUGGCAAGCGUAAGUCAGUACCUCCUGUGUAAGUCCUUUUGGUCAAAUUUGCUUUUGUUGGAAAAUUUGUUUGGUUCUUUUUUGCCCUCUUGCUUUUCAUUCACGAUCUGUCCAUCUUUUUGCGUUGUUUGAAAUUGUAAUUUGAUUUACAUCUGUAAGAUUUUUAGCUUUUGUAUUACUAAGAUUGAAUCUUUUUUAUUUU